GCGGGUUAUGUUUUGGAAAGGGGGCGUUAACUCUGGUUGUGUUAACUCAGAAAAACUUCUCUGAGACGGAGAUGGAGAGAGAGCUUCUGAACAGACUGUUUCAGCUCGUAAUAUUAAGAACACUAACACUAGAAAUCUCCAGAACUCAGCGUUUUUAAUCAGAAACAAUCAGUAAAGAGCUGAGUGCCGCUGCUGAACCUGUGGAUCUACCGUGUGGAGUAAGGGAGGAAAGUUCUCUGACUGUGAGCUGCCCAAACGCUCCUGUUUAGCCCUGGGGAACCUGAAGGUGGACGGAGAACUCUGCUUCAAACUGCGUCUAAAAUAUGGUGUAAGAACACCGGGAGAGAUUCGAAAUUGGCACAUUUUUGGUUAGAGGACACAAUGAGGCACCAGCAGUGCCCUGUUUGCCACGUCACAUACUCGAAUCUUCCUAAGCACCUGACUGGAUUCCACAACGUGGCGAAUCCCAAAGAGAAGGCCCUGCUCCUGAGCCUCUCCAGCGGACGCGUGAAGGGAUUGUUCCGAUGUGAGGAGCCUCAAUGCGGGAAAACGGUUAAAAGGCUUCACAGGCAUUACGCAGAAUGCCACAUUGAUAAAACGCUCGAUGAAGCUAAGAGCAUCGUCACAAGGUGCAAAAAACAAUACAUUCUGGAGCAGCUAGGAAAACUGAGGGAAACCCAUCCUCAGGUGCUGAUGGUCAGCGUGCUGGAUUUGGGCGGCCAGGACAACCGAUGGACCCGACCACCCCCCAACGCACCAGCAACGGCGGACCCAGCCUGCAGCCAGGGACAUCAACGGACCCCCCGCCUGAAAGCGGAAGUCCUGGAUAGGGCCAUAGACAUCCUACCUGACACUGGAACACCUGGAAUGUCCACAGAUGUCAAACCAGAGCCAGUGCCGGUGGAGACCACCCAGGACCUCACACCCAACUGCUCAAACACAGACUGCCAGCGGCUUCUGAGAGAAAAUCAGGAGCUCAAGGCACGUCUGGGUUUGGGCAAGGGAGAAUGCCCCAGGCAGGACUGCCAGCAUAAAAGCCAGGAGCUCUCCAGGCUGGUGCAGCUCUACAUGGCAAGCCCCCAGAAGAAGCUCCGAAAUAAAUUUUCCAGAAAGGAUGAUUUUCAAACAGAGCAUGCCCCAAAAUAUGGUACGUGCAUCUAUUAUCAUUUUUCAUAUGUAAGGCAAAAAUAUUUUCCAAUUUUCCAAUUCAUGUAAAUAUUAUGUUUUCCAGAACAAGUCUUACAAGACUUUUUUGUCUUCUGUGUCGGGGCCAAUCCUUCAAGCAAAGUGAAAGACAACGGCAAUACCUGCCGGAGCCACGUCCGCAGGUUUCUUUUGUUUGCAGGAGAGGGCAAGCUCCUGAAGGGGGACUUUUCCUUUUUAGCCGACUCAACGAAGAUUGCAGAGUGGGUGGAGGUUCUGAAAACAGACAGAAUGAAACCCACGACCAUAAGAAUUAAUCUAGUAAACAUCCACAAGUUCGUCAAAUUCCUAAACGACCUGCCUGCAACCCAAACAAAACUCAGCGUGAGGGACUUCCAAAGGAUCCAUGCACAGAUAAAGGCGCGCCUGAAGGAUCUACAGAAGGACGUCACUGUACAUAGCAGAGGAAGGCAGUUGAGACAAAGGACACAAACUCAUUAAGUUAUCUUGCUAGAUCUGGCCGUUAGCGCCUGGUCGUCAAGUUCAGCCGGUUGUUAGUCAAACUGUAUGUGUAAGAAAGAAAUGAACUCCUUGUGAGUGGAAGUCGUUCCCAGAGCUUUGUUUUAAUAAAGUGUUAAUUGCUGAA